AUGAUUUCUUGGUCUCUGGUGAAAUAUCGCUUAAAAAAGCAUCCAAUAUGGGCUUUAUUGUUACCAUUUGUGUUUUUUACUUCGUUUUUCUUUAUAAUAUCCAAAAGAUAUGAUAAUAUUUUAGGCAUAAAUGUAGAUAGUAUCAUAAAUCAAAAAUGGGCUAAUGAGAUUGAAAAUACAUGGUAUUUUUCAUUUACCAGAAAAUAUAGAAUGCCAAGAUAUGUCUAUAAAGAACAAAGAGAUUGGUUAUUUAGUGAUCAUGUAGAAGAUAUUAUUCCAGAGAGUCAUAUUGCUCAUUUUGAUUUGAAUAAACUUCAUUCUACAGCAAAUGCAGCAAUUAAUAAGGAGCAUGUAUUAAUUUUGACACCGAUGCAAACUUUCCAUGAAAAAUACUGGGAGAAUCUUUUACAAUUAUCAUAUCCACGUGAACUAAUUGAAUUAGGGUUUAUUAUACCAAGGUCCCCUAGUGGUGAUGUAGCUUUGAAAAAAUUGGAAGCUGCAGUCAAAAAGAUUCAAGCAAGCAAGAAAAAUGACAGAUUUUCAAAAAUCACUAUAUUGAGACAAGAAUCUUUAAGUUUUGAAAAAUUGGAGGAAAAAGAAAGACAUGCAUUAGCUGUUCAAAAACAAAGACGAUCUGUUAUGGCAACCGCUAGGAAUGAAUUGUUAUUCUCUACCUUGAGUCCGUACACUUCAUGGGUUUUAUGGUUAGAUGCAGAUAUUGUGGAAACACCUGUCAAUUUAAUUCAAGAUAUGACAGCGCAUAAUAGACCUGUUCUUGCAGCUAAUGUUUAUCAAAGGUAUUACAAUGUAGAAGAGAAGAAGAAUGAUAUUAGACCAUACGACUUUAAUAAUUGGCAAGAAAGUGCAACAGGUCUUGAAAUAGCUUCAAAAAUGAGUGAUGAUGAAAUUAUUGUGGAGGGGUAUGCAGAAAUUGCCACUUACAGACCUUUGAUGGCACAUUUCUAUGAUCCGCAUAACCCUGUCAAUGAGGAAAUGCUUCUUGAUGGAGUUGGUGGUGGUUGUACUUUAGUGAAAGCAGAGGUCCAUAGAGAUGGUGCUAUGUUCCCAAAUUUCCCAUUUUACAAUUUAAUUGAGACUGAAGGUUUUGCUAAGAUGGCUAAGAGAUUAAAUUAUGAAGUAUAUGGCUUACCAAACUAUUUAGUUUAUCAUAUUGAAGAAUAG